GGUAGAACAGAACACCCAUGCAAAUUCAAUACAACAACAAUGAAUGUCAGUGAAGAAGCCAUGUCCAAAAAGCAAUCUUCUCCUCACCAUACCCAGAUCAAUCAAAAGCUCAAAUUUUUGUUCCUUGUAAUACUCACAAAUCUUCUUACAAUCUUCAUCUUCACUGCUUCUUCUUCCCACAUCUCAACAACCCUUUUCCAACUCCCCGGGCCCGGGCCGGUUCCCGACGUCGCCGCACUCCUGAUCGAGCUCAACGCCACCCGACACGAGGUCGUCGCGGGCCGGGCUCAAAUCGCCGCAUUGCAAAAGUCACUCAUCGCCAUGCAAUUCGACUCCCCGAUGAGAUCGGGACCGAGGUUCGACGAUCUUGUCGCGAAUUUAUCGAACGAGGCCGAGCUUUCGAUCGGCCCCCACAAGCUUCCGCUCGGAUACAACCGGAGAAUGGGAUCGGACGAAGUGUACUUCUCGGUCGGAGCGGGUUGCUUGAAGCACAAGCAUGAGUUGGCGAAGUAUACGUCGUCGUAUCGAGUCGGGGGAGAGUGCCCGGUGGACGACGUUUUCGCGCAAGAGUUGAUGCUUAAGGGGUGCGAACCCCUCCCGAGACGGCGGUGCCACCCUAAGUCACCGGAGAAUUAUGUCGAGCCAACUCCGUUUCCCGAUUGCUUGUGGACUACUCCGCCGGACGCGAGCCUCGUUUGGGACGCGUAUUCGUGUAAGAACUACUCGUGUUUGAUCGAACGCCGGCGCGCGCGAGGAUCGUUCGAUUGCAAGGAUUGUUUUUACUUAGAAGGUCGAGAGAAGCAUAGAUGGCUUUACGACAACGGAGGUCUCGACUUCGGCAUAGAUCAAGUCCUCGCGACGAGGCGCCCGGGAACCUUAAGAAUCGGGCUAGACAUCGGAGGUGGAUCGGGGACAUUCGCCGCUAGGAUGAAAGAAAAAGGCGUAACCAUCGUGACAACCUCGAUGAACUUCGACGGCCCUUUCAACAGCUUCAUCGCAUCGCGAGGCUUGAUCCCGAUGCACGUAAGCAUUUCUCAGAGGCUACCGUUUUUCGACAACACGCUCGACAUCAUCCAUUCGAUGCACGUCCUGAGCAACUGGAUCCCCGACGCGAUGCUCGAGUUCAUCCUUUACGAUAUAUACCGAGCAUUGAGGCCCGGGGGACUCUUCUGGCUCGAUCGAUUCUUCUGCCUCGGAUCGCAGCUGAAUUCGACGUACGUGCCGAUGUUCGAUCGAGUCGGGUUCGGGAAAGUUCGAUGGUACGCCGGGAUGAAGCUCGACCGCGGCGUGAAGAAGAACGAAUGGUAUCUUUCGGCGCUGCUCGAGAAACCUAAGACUUGA